AUGGAUUCUAGAGUAAGGAAAAGAAGAGCUGAACUGCAUAAAUCAAGCAUCUUGUCCCUGGUGGUCUUGAUCUCUACGAACUUUAUUUCUGUAGGGGUCACAGCCCAAGACAGCUUUAACGUCACCUUCAGCCAAAGCUCAAAAAGCAGCUAUCAGACUGGAUACAGGAAUGGAAAAGAAAUAGAUACAGUUGAAACUGUUGAUCCAUUGAAUCCACCCCCAGCUCCAUAUGCAUUAAACAUUAGCAGCCACAGUAUAACACUGAAGUGGAGCCCUGCUAAUCCUUCACCAGCACUAUAUACUCCCCAGUGGAUAAUUCCAAACCAGCCAGGAGGCUGGAGAAGCUCUGAGAAUGUGUCUGAAACCCUCUAUACAGUGAGGAAUCUUUACCCUUACACAGAGUACAAGUUCAGAGUUUGCGUUGUAACACCACAUCACCAGGCCUGCUCCCCAGUCAGCAUCAGUUACAGGACAACAGCUUUUGGAGUUCCCUCCAGUGCGCCUGUGAUACAGAAUGUUGCCAGCCUGGGUCCUGACACUGUGGAGAUCAGCUGGUCCCCUCCUCUUCAUCCUGGAGGACCAGUUGUUGGCUAUAAUCUGAACCUCCUCAGUGAGAAACAGAGUCUCCAUCAAGUUGCAGGGAGCAAUGUCUUCCAAGCAUCUUUUUUCCCAACACUCCCCAACACUACAUACAGGAUAAUCAUAGCUGCUGUAAAUACAGAAGGAGAAGGACCUGCAGCAGAGAGGAAUGGGAUAACAACGGCAAAAGAAACCACCAGCGAAAAACAAUGGUUAAUUCUGUCACGAAUGAAUUCAUUGAGGAGGAAGACUGUGGCAGAUUUAUUUUCAGGAGCAGAGUGUCUUCCAACUGAAUCAAUACAAUAUAAUAUUAGUGGGAUUUCUGCAAGCUACAACUCCAAACAUAUUUACUUCUCUGAAGGAACCCACAUCUGGAGGAAAGGAGCACUCCAUUUAUCUGACGUUUCAGAUCUGAAAAUAGUGUUCACUGGUCCUGUGGAGAUCACGUCAAUAUCCGUCGAUUGGCUGUACAAAAAUAUUUAUUUUGUCAUGGGUGGACAGGUUUGCUUCUGCAGUAUAGAUGACUGCAACAACACAGUGGACUUUAUUGCUGCUAACCACAGUUUUCCCUCAAAAAUUAUUGCAGAUCCUUACAAUGGAUACAUAUUCUUGUUGGUGGAUGAUGGGAUUUAUCGAAUGUCUCUCCCACAGCUGCCUGGGCAGAAGAGUUACAAUGGCUUGGUUGUGAGAAGUGACUUUAUUCGAGACUUUGUUGUCAGCUUUCAGUCUAGGCGACUGCUGUAUUUUAAUGAGAGUGAUAGAAGUAUAUCAUCUGCCUUUCUAGAUGGCUCAUCUUUCAGCAUCAUUCGGCCCCCUGUAAGUCUGGUAGACCCAGUGAUGAGUCUUACUUAUGAAGACAACUUCUUCAUGCUCACAGAUGGAAGAGCAGUCUUCCAUGAGACACGCCUUGGUGAUCUGUUUUUCUACAAUGAAUACGUGGUGGACUGUUCUGUUCCUUUUGAGUACUUUGGGUUUGACAACUUGUACUUUUUUAGUGAAUUCAGUCAGCCAUAUCCAGUACCCAGAAGUCCCCAAAAUGUUCGGGUCUUGUUUGGAUCAAACAAUGCUUCCUUGAAGUGGGAGAGACCUGCAGCAAUGAUUGGAUCAAGCCCUGCUGCCUGGCAGAACUGGACAUACACUGUGAGGAUUUCUGCAUUUAAUUCAUCUGUGAUAAAGGAGUACAGGGACAUUGUUGACACACAGAUGGCUGCUGAAGGACUGGUGAGUUCCAGCAGAUAUAAAAUGACUAUCUGGGCAGAAUCACCAGGAGGGAGAAGCCCACCUUCCAAAGCAUUUGAGGGAACAACACAAAAAGAAGUAAUGGAAAAUCCCUACAUAAUUGCUGCUGGACAAAAUGCUCUUUGGAACCAAAGACUGGAAAGUUUUGAUUCCAGAACAUUAAUUGUCCCUGAUAUUAAAGAUGUGAAAGAUAUUGACUGGUACAAUGGCACCAUCUUCUGGAGUAAUGGUUCAGGAUAUAUCCAUGUGACAGUGGUAGAGGAUUUCAGUGGAAGUGCAAGUGUUUCUGUGCUGCCGACAAUUCACAAAGGCUGUGCCUUAGCUUAUGAUUGGCUUGGACAACACCUGUAUUGGGCUGACUCAUCUUCAAGUGUGAUUUAUAGGAAAUCAACUACUUCCCUAGCACCACAAGUAGUUGCUCAAGGCAAAUACCUGGUUAGGGAUUUGGCAGUAGAUUCUGUUAAUGCAUUCAUUUACUGGACCACUGCACAUUCUGUAGAAAGUUCAAGAUUAGAUGGUAAGAACCAUCUCAUCUUCCAGGAGCUGCCUCCGUUUUCUGGAAAACAGGCAACAGGUCUCACAACAGACCUUGCUGAGGGGCAUAUCUACUGGCUAGUUCAAGAGGAUUCAUUCUUGCACUUACACAGAGCUAGUCUUCUGAAAGAUGGGUUUAUGGACAUUCACAUAAUGGAGUUUGAAGACUGGAGUUCCUCUUGGGUGUCCCAUCAUUCAUUAGCAUAUUACAGUGGGAGACUUUUCUGGCUAGAUGUUGAAGGCUGGCUCACUGUACAAGAAUUGAACCAGCAUAGUAGUGUUGCCCUUUCCACAGAUGCUAAACUAACUGCUUUUGCUCUUUUUCAAAGAACACUGAAACCUCUGCCAGAUGGGUUUAUUUCUCCCCCUGUUGUAAUUCCAAAGCCAGUGCCAAAAACAUCCAUUCGAAUCAUAGGAAAUUAUUCCAUCUUCUGGAUAGUUUGGGAGAACAGCAUUACUGAGUAUGGCACUGUCGUCUAUUGUGUCAAUUCUAAAAUGCUACAAAAUCACAGAAGACAGCUUGAUCUGAAGAGUCACUUUGCCAGCUAUUGUCAGUUAUCGAUUGAAUCAUCUGAACCAAGGAUUGAAGUGAGAGGUUUGCAGCCUUACACUAUAUUUGACAUAAGUAUUACCCCAUACACUUACUGGGGAAGGGGAAACACAACAAAGACAACCUUACAAGCACCUGAAGGAGUGCCGUCAGCGCCACAGAAACUCCGAAUGUAUGUGUUUAGCACCAAUGAGCCAUGGGAUUCAGAGGCGACACAGGUGGAAUUGCGAUGGGAUGCACCUCAACAUGCAAACGGAAUCAUAGUGGGAUACAUGCUACAUUACAGUGUGCUGAAUACAAGCAGCUCCAAUAACACAUCCAUUAAAUGGGAAAUAAAGCGUAUUCUGGACGAUAAAACAUUUUAUAAGCUCAUAGACGUGCAGUAUGAUUCUCUAAUUCUUUUUAAGGUUCAGGCCUUUACCUCAAUAGGUCCAGGACAAAUGUCCAGCAUUUCACAAGCCAACACUUCAGCUCUGAUACCAGUUCCACGGCUUCUAAUUUCAGCAGAAAAACACAUUUCCCUUCUGGAUAUCGACACUGGCCAGACUGUUCAGCUAGUUUCAAUAGAGGGCAAUGCAUCUCUAAUUAGCUCUGGGGCUGACGAAGGAAUUCUGUAUGACAUUGAAAAUGACACACUUUAUGAAACUAAUGUGCAUAGUAGUUCAAGAGUAAAGGUCCUGAUGGACAGUCGCUUGUGCAAGGCUAGGGACAUGGCAGUGGAUUGGAUUGGAAGGCAUUUGUUGAUUGCCUCAUACUUCACCAUGAGUGACAUGCAGCUCUAUGUGGUGGAUUUAGACCUGAAACCCAGAGCAUUGGAAGUUAUUGUCAUCCCUCAAAACAACAUAAACUGUACAAUAGGUGCUUUUGCUAUCUACCCAUUACUGAGCCGUGUUUACUGGGUUGAAAGCUCUGAUAUGGAGACAAGAAUUGUCUACUUAGAUCUGCAAAACAACACUGUGCACUGUGUUGUCCGAGAUCAAUUAGAAAUGAAAAACUUGUCUCUUGAAGAGGAGCCCUGUAACUGCACUACAGUCCAGUUAAAUCUGGGCAAUUCGAUGGCUUUGGAUACAUCAGGCAGAGAAAAUGGCCGCAUUUAUUUCUCCACUCAAAUAGGAGACAUAUGGGCUACAGACCUAGAAGGAUGCUGUUGCAAAAACAUAACUAGAGUUCCUUUGCUGUCUGGUGAAAAAAUCAGGAGUUUGAUUGUUGAUGAACAGUUCAUUUACUGGACUGCCAUAGCGGGCAAUAAUGAGACAGUGUUUCUGAUGGAAAAAUCCAGUGGCCAGCAGAGGGCCUUGUUCACUGAGAAACACCCUGUUCACCUCAAGGCUUACAGUUCAAAUCUGCAUCCUUACCCAGAGAAAAACUGCUUGAUACCAGCUCCAAACAAGGAUAAAGCUAGAAUAAUUCGAGCUUCAAACAGCAGUUUUGUGCUUGAAUUCCCCCAAUACAGUCCUCUCACUCAGUGCAAUGGGAUAACCUUGCCCAGACCUACCUACCUACUAUAUUAUGGUGUUGUGAAGAACGUUAGCAAUGGAUACAACUGCUUACAUGGACUGCAGUGUACUGUUGUGGAUGUCCAGGAACCCAUUUUUCAUCUCCAAGGAUUACAGGCAUUCACAACCUAUUUAAUGCAAACUGCUGUGAAGAAUUACUAUGGGGGCUUUGAGGAACAUCUUGGAGAAGAGGUCAUUAACUCUACUUUGUUUGGAACACCUGGGGCAGUUACAAACAUUACUCUCACUGUGGCCUCUGACAGAGCUGUUAACUUAUCAUGGACUGAACCUUCGCAGCCAAAUGGUCCCACUGCUAAAAUCAGGUAUCAGGCCCUAAUAAAUGCAUUGGACUGUUAUCCCUCAGAACCUCAGACAAAAAAUGAAUUUCCUGAGCACUGCCUUUCAAUGAUGUUUCAUCAUCUCAGAGGAGGUACAUCGUAUAAAUUUGAGGUACUGUCAUUUCACCCUGAAGAAAACUGGUUUUCCAUCAGUGCUCCACUCCGUGUUACAACCUUCCAGUCCCCUUCUGCACCAAUACUUGUAACUCUGGGCAACACCAGUGUAGAACUACAGUGGAAAGCACCCAGUGACAAUAGUACAAGGCACUUCUGGUUUGAACUAUCUGAGCCACUCACUGGAAUAUGGUAUCAGCCACAGACUGAAUGCAGGAAUGGAUCUAUGAAUACAUGCGUCGUGUUAUCCAUUCAUCCAAACAGGAAGUAUUUGGUUCGAAUUAAAGUGCUUUAUAAGACUGAGGAGGCAGCUGUUUCACCAGAAGUGGCAUUCACAACAACAGCUGGAGUCCCAGGCAAGCCUGGAGUUCCGAGGUUCUGGAAAGAAGGAAAGACAAUUGAAUGGCAGAAGGCUGAAGACAAUGGUUGCAGCAUCACUUACUACAUACUGGAGAUCAGGCAGGUGCAGAAGAAGAGUGUUGCAGCGAAUGAGACUGACCCUGGACCCUGGCGGCUGGUUCACAAUGACUCCUGCAGCUCAAGUGUUUGCACCUGGAAAGCUAAAAACCACAGGGGGUCCUUUCAGUUUCGUGCAGCAGCUGCCAGUUUGCUUGGUCUUGGAGAAUACAGUGAUAUCAGUGGGGCUAUAGAAUUGCACAGCGAUUCUCACAACGUAGAUCCGUUCAUUACUGUGACAGCAGUGACUGCAGUUCUUGUAUUGCUGGUAAUGAUAAUUGCUUUGGUUGUGUAUAAAAGACACAAACAAAAGAAGUCUUGUCCUAACAACAUAACCAUUCACUUGGAGCCAGAUCAAGAACUUGAUAACCUCCGGGGGCUGGUGGGACUGGCUAAUGCCUGCUAUGCUAUAAGUACCCUUCCAAAUGCUUGUGAGACCAGCAGACUGCCAGUGUUUCCAAGGGAGAGGCUUAAACUGCUGAGUUUCCUGGGCAGCGGGGCUUUUGGUGAGGUCUAUUCAGGCACUGCUGUGAACAUCCUGGGGGAUGGAACUGGAGAAACCCAAGUGGCCAUAAAGACCUUGAAGAGAGGAGCUACAGACCAUGAAAAAGCUGAAUUCCUGAAGGAGGCACAUUUGAUGAGCCAGUUUGACCACCCCAACAUCCUGAAGCUGCUGGGAGUGUGUUUGCUGAAUGAGCCGCAGUACAUCUUACUGGAACUCAUGGAGGGAGGAGACUUGCGUUCCUUUCUGAGAGAGGCUAGGGCAAAACCAGGUCAGUGUCCAUUACUGAGUGCAUCAGAUCUGCUUCAUAUCUCUCUGGAUGUUUCCAAAGGCUGCAUGUACCUAGAGAAACUGCACUUUGUUCACAGGGAUCUGGCUGCCAGGAACUGCUUGGUAACCGUGAAGGAGUACGAUAGCUGCAACAGGACGGUGAAAAUUGGAGAUUUUGGUCUAGCUCGAGACAUUUAUAAAAAUGACUACUACAGGAAGAAAGGGGAAGGGCUCCUCCCCGUGCGCUGGAUGCCACCGGAGAGCCUUAAUGAUGGAGUCUUCACCACAGCCUCUGAUGUGUGGUCAUUUGGGGUUCUACUGUGGGAAAUUAUGUCUUUCGGAAAACAGCCUUACCCAGCCUAUUCCAAUGUUGAAGUCUUGCAUUUUGUCAAUUCAGGAGGACGACUAGAAUCUCCUAAGAACUGUCCUUAUGAUUUAUAUGACUUGAUGUUGAAAUGCUGGCACAAAGAACCCAGUAAGAGGCCAAGCUUUCAUUAUGUCCAGGACUGUCUGGAACAGCUGAGGGAAUCUCCACUGAACUGCCAUUACAGUCCUGACAGCACUGCUGGAGCCAUAAAUCACGCCUUCCAAGACUCUGAUGAAGCUUUUUGUAAAGAGGAUGAAGAUGGUAGUAUCUUAGAGGGAUUAACCCAGGUUUACAACAGUGAAGGACUUAACUACCUGAUGCUUCAGACGGACAGGAGUGUGCUGGAAGAGGAGGAACAUUAUUUGUCGGGUUCUUCCGCCACUGAGGGCUCCUAAAAUAUGGACUUGCUGACAUGAAAUGCAUUGAAUGAACUGAAGCUAAACUACUGCAAUGGGAAUACAGAUUUCUUAGCUCAUAUUUCCAUUGUUACAUCAUAAAGGAGAUUCAGAUCAUUAGCAGAAACAGCACUUUAAAUAACCUUUGACUGUCCUUUAGAAAUUACAGAGCAUAGACCAUUUAUCUUAAUGUCAACAUUAAAGUGAAGUCUAGGCAACCCUCUGAAAAGGAAAUGCAAAAGAGGACAUCUUUUGCUAGCAGUUUAAUUAAAAUAUUUCUUAUUAGCAUAUCCACCCCUUUUGAGCAAUUAUGGAUGUAGAGUACAUGGCAAGCAUUCUGAUUAUUAAGCUUUAGCAGAGUAAUACCAUUAUGUUCUGUGCAUUCAGUCUUAAAUCUGCCCAAGAGCAAUUUGCGCUGGUUUCUUAUCCUUUUUUUUAAGCUUAUUCCAGCAACGUCCAAAAUCCUUUAUUCAUCUACCACUGGUUUGAGUUGUCUGGCUAUGUGUUUAGGUCCAUAACAAUGCUGAAAUGAAAAUUCCUUUUCCCACAUGCCACCUUCCUGAGGUGCAUUCUGCAGAAACCUUCCUUUCUUAGUUGUGUUUCCCUGUAAAUUGGGUGAGUAGAAAAAUUCUUAGUUUUUGUGUUUUGGACUGCUUGCUCAUAUAGGACAUGACAGGUCUGUUCCCAAUUUUAGCAUGACUACAUGUGCCGCAUAUGUUUGUAGUUUAAAAUACUGAUUCUUUCAUAUAAAGGAAAUUAUAAUAUACAAAUGCAAAGUGUGCUGUACACAUCUGUGAGUCAAAUGCAGAAACUUCAAUUAAUUGCCUUUUAGGUAAUGUUUUCAUAGAUGUCUGAAUGAAUAUGUCAUCCUGAGCAAAACGGGUUUAAUGGGAUACAUGCUGAAAGUUAUUUUUAGUUUGUACCUUUUUGUUCUGUUUCGCUAGUUUAUGAAGGCAUUACAUAGAAGUGACUCCAUAUAAACAAUAUAUAACGAACAAAUAAGUUUCUUGAGUUAUCUUGCGCAGCACAAGUCAUGGAAUACGUUUUUUCAUUGAUGUGAUUGUGGACAAACUGUAAAAACCACUUCUGUUCUUCCUGAUUUUACGGAUUACAUUACAGAUGAAGAAUUAAAUUGUGAAGUAUCAGACAGUUAGGGAUGAGAUGUAAAAAUUGUGAUAAAUGUACUCUCUUUGGUGCCCUCCUCUGUUUAUAGAUUUAUAAUUUUAGUUUGUACAGUUUUCAGAAUAUUUUACACAAAGACGAGUGGAAAAAAUAAACCUAUUGUUCACAAAUUAA